AUAUAUAUAUAUAUAUAUUAAUCAAAAUUUCAAAACUAGAAAUUAUGGCCACCCAACAUCAUCAAAAUGAUGAACUAGAUCAUUCCAACCUUUCGAUUCGGCCGUUGGAUCCGGCUACCGACGUGGAUGAUCUGAUGGUAUGGGUAUCAGAUGAUCAAGUGACACAAUUUUGCCGUUGGGACACCUACACUUCUAGGGACCAAGCCAUAGAGUACAUAAACAAGUUUGUUCUAACCCAUCCUUACUAUAGGGUAAUAUGCCUAAACAAUAGGGCAAUUGGUGCUAUUUCUGUUACUUGUAACACAGGAAAUGAUAAGUGUAGGGGAGAAUUGGGUUAUGUCUUGGCAUCUGAGUAUUGGGGCCGAGGGGUGGCUACGUGGGCGGUGAAGGCGGUGAUGUUUACGAUAUUCGAGGAGCGGCCGGAGUUGGAGAGGGUUGAGGCUCUUGUGGAUGUAGAGAAUAAGGGGUCACAAAGGGUGUUGGAGAAAGGUGGGUUUAUAAAGGAGGGUGUUUUGAGAAAGUAUUGCAUUCAGAAAGGGAAGACUCGUGAUAUGGUCAUGUUUAGUUUCCUAAAAUUAGUUUAAUAAAAAUUUCAUUAUUGUUAAUCAUAUUAUAAUAGUAGUUUGUACGUUGAUGGAUUGUGACCAUUGUGUGAUUCAAAAUAUAAUGUUCUUUGCGGUUUGUGCAUACAUUCAUGAAAUUUCUGAUUCCUAUUAUUGUUUUCCUUU